AUGGCCCAGAUUAACUUAUUAAUCCCAUCCACAGGACCACAAACCCAAGGACACAUCUUGACAAUUUCUAAGGCAACACUAGAACUUAGCUUGGGUUUACCUGGCAGCAGCUCCAUCAUUUAUAAUGAAAAACUACCAACUGCUAACAAGAAGAGAUCAUUGCCUCCUCCAUCUCAAAUCAUUCAGGAUAUUCAUCAUGAUUACUAUCACGGAGAAUACUCUGAGACAGAAGGAUACAAGGGAUUAUAUGAAUAUGCUGCCCCCACCUACCAAGACAAAGAUGGUGACUGGAUGCUUCUUGGAGAUGUUCCAUGGGAAAUGUUCAUGGCUAGCAUCCUGCAAGAGACGUCUCAGAAUGAUGAAAGGAACCAUCAGAAGCUAAUUAAGACCUUGAUUCUGGGUUGUGGGGUUUUGAGUUAA